ACUACCGUCCACCUUCUGCUCUUGCAAACAAACGCUAGCCGCUAGAAAGUCUGCGCAGGAGGCUAUCACACUUCCGGGGUCUUUCUACUUGGGCGUCUGACAAGACUGCGACAGGAAACUGCUGGACGGUUUUUCAUACAGCAAGACCGACUCUCUGUACGUAGUUGUGUACAUGUAGCUCUCUGUCCUGUGCAGUCUUGAAUGGUGUCAUGGAUUUAAAUCUCUCUCGAGCCAUUAUCGUCGUCCUCCUAGUGACACAGACCUUCUUCAAGACAGGAUUUGCGAGUGUACCAGAUGUCAGUGAAAAACGAGAACAUUACAGACUGAGGAGGGAUACUGGGCCGUUGUCUUUCAAGGAAAGACCGUCCAAUAAGACAGUGCUUCCUGGCGACACUGUUCUGAUUGGUUGUUCGGCACAAAAUGGCGACAUCUCUCGACAAAUGUGGUACAAGGAAGACCAACUCCUGACCCCGCCAUUUUUAGGAUCGGUUUUCGUCUUGCCGAACCACAACCUCCUUGUCGUUGGGACGGAAGAAAACAUGGGGAAAUACACGUGUGUGCUGGAGAGGGGACAGGACACCAUCUCCACUGACGUUUGGAUCACUUUGAAAACAGAGAUCUCCUUUCUGGACAGACCCAGUGACUCAACCGUGCAGUUCGGGGAAAGUCACAUCUUCCCGUGCUCGGCAGAGGGCGCUGCUGACAUAUCCUGGACCAAAGACGGCCAGCCCUCCGAGUCAUUCAUCGACGGCGACCGAGUCCUGCAGCAUCGGGGGGACCUGGUGUUUACCGCCGUCAGCCUCACCGACAGCGGUCGGUACACCUGCACGGCUACGCCCGCAGACGGCGGCACGAGCAUUCAGGCUCAUGCCGUCUUGAAAGUGAACAUCGAUGUUGCCAACGGUUUGUAAAAUUUGCUGUCAUUGAAGAUUGUCAACGGCGUUUA